AUGCCUGUUCCAUGGUGUACAGAUUUUUUAACUCAUAUUAUGCAAAUAACACCACAUGCAUGGUCAGCAUCAACAUUAGAAGCUAUGCCAACAUUUAUGGCUGAAUGGUAUCAUGCUCAUCCAAUAAAUGAUGCUUAUAGAGAUAUACGAGCACGUGUUGAUGAUGAUUAUAAAAAAUUGACAAGUAGAAUUUUGUUUUAUUUUGAUUUGUUUGUUUAUAUAGAUUCAGCUUCAUGUGCAAAUGAACAGGAAAUUGUGAAACAUUUUAGUCAACCAAAUAACACAACUUGUUUUUGUGUAUUUCUGAAAUUGACUAUUGAAGAUCGUCCAUUACGAUUCUAUAUAAAUACAUUUUAUGAAAUUUUUAAAAAUCUUCUUAUACGUUCAAUGAAUGCUCAUUAUCAUCAUACAUUAGCUAAAUAUAUAUUACGAGAAAUAACUUUACAACAAAAUCAUAGUCAAACAUUUAUGCAAAAAUAUGCAGAUGCUGUUGUUCUAAUGGCAACUCGUUAUAAUAUAAUACAAUUUGAUCGACUUUUACUUAUUCUUUUUCUUCGACCAUUGGAUGAAUCAAAAACACCAUAUGUUCUUAUUCUUUUUUAUUUUAUGAUUAAUUCUAAUGUCGGAUUUUUUUUAAAGUGUUAA